AUGGAGAUCCAGCACCCCCCUCCACCUCUCCCUUCAAUCUCAACCCUCCCUUCCCUCUCUUCUCCCCGCUUUACACCCAUAGCAAUAGCUCCAAAACCUUCCUCCUCAUCAUCAUCAUCAUCAUCAUCAUCAUCAACAUUAUCAACAUCAACAUCAUCAAAAUUAUUAACAAUCCCACAAACAACAAUGACAACAACAACAACCACAACCACAACCACAAUCCCCAAAACCCCACCCCGAGAACUCUGGACCGAACCAGAAAAAUACGAUCUACUAUGGUCUAUAAUCCUCUCCACAGGUCUAACAGCGACUACAAUACCAUGGCGCAAAAUAAGUCUUCCAAGAAAUCAUACACAACCUUCCGCGCAGGUUGUUGUUCAGGAUAUUGCGUUAGGAAAACAUCAUAUUACCCAUCCGACUUUUACACCGUCGAAUAAAGCGGGCGUUGUUAUGGUUGCUAGUAGGGAUUUACAACAUACUCAUCAUUAUCAUUAUCAUCAUCAUAACAACAAUAAUAAUAAUGGUGUUAACAAUAAAAGGCUGGAGGCUGGAGUAAGGGGGAGUAGUAAAAAAAGAAAGUUGGAUGAUGAUAACGGUAGUAGCAACGAAGAGAAGAAAGUGGAUUAUGACGAGAAGAAGGAAGUUAAAAGGGAAGAAGAACAAGAAAGAGUACCAAUCUCAAGGGACUUCGAAGAUACCCACCACCAACAUUCCUCAUCGUUAUCAUCAUCUUCACUAUCCCCCCCAAACUCCUCCAUAUCAUCCCCCAGUUCUCCAAUCUCAAAUCCAGACCAUCACCAUCACCACCAACCCUCCACCAUAACAACUACAGUCCCAACAACAACAACCACAAAACCAAAACCUCGAAGACGUAGAUCCACCUCCCCUCCCAUAAACCUCGACCUCUCAAACCCUCAAAUAACAUCCUACCUAAAAUCCUCCGGCUACAUGAACGAAGACGGUACUCCCGUCAAAAAACGUCGCGGAAGACCCACGAAGGAUCCCUUCGGACUCAGCGUCACCCUCAAAAAACAAUUAAUGAGAAUGGAUCCCAACGCCCCUCCCAUGAAGAAAAGGGGGAGACCGCGUAAAAGGUUUUUGGAUAUCGAUAGUGGUAAUAAUAGUAUUAUCAAAAAGAGUUAUAGCGGUGGCGGUGGUGGUGAUGGUAUGGGAAGAGAUGACGGGAGUAUUUCUCCGGGACUUAGGGAAGCUAUUGAAAAGAUUGGAGAGGAGAUGGUUGAGGAGUUGUUGGUUCAAGGGAGGAGUAUGAGAGAUACUGAUGAUGAUGAAGAUGAAGAUGAAGAGGAAGAUGUGGAAAGUGAAGGUUACGAUGGAGAGGUUUCGGGGGUAUGGGAGGGUGAUGAAACGGGAGAUGAGGAAGAGAGGGAUGUAAGACAGGAAAAAGUAGAAGAUACAGCAACAGACGGUGGUGAUAAGCCAGAACGCAUGGCUAUUGAUAAAAGGGAUGAAGCUGGCUCGUCACUCGUAAAGGCGGAGGAAAGCCUUCUAAACAAGGGAGGGAGUGUACCCACCCGAAAAGUCGAGAAGAUGGCAGUCGACAAUCUAGUCGAAUAA